AUGGGUAACGGUGCCAAGGCCAACAUGAAGCGUGAGCGCAACGCAAAGGACGCUAAGGCUGGUCCUAAGUCGCAAAAAAAGACUAACGAGCAAGCCAUGAGUAUUCAAUGUCAAACUUGCAAACAAACCUUCCUCCAGACCACUAAGGGUCCUGCUCUCCUUGAGCACGCCACCAACAAGCAUUCCAAGGGCAUGGCCGACUGUUUCCCUGGUGUCAGUGUCUAA